AUGACGUCCAUGAACUUUGUCACGUUCAACCAGGACCAUACCCAGCUGGGUGUUGGUACCACCAAAGGCUACCGCAUAUAUGCCACCGAUUCCUUCUACAAGACAUCCGAGUCGCGCGAGGGCGAUGUCUCGAGCCUGGAGAUGCUCUUCUCCACGUCCCUGGUCGCACUCACGCUUUCGCCGCGCAUCCUCCGAGUCCACAACAUCAAGGCAGGUUCCGCUCCAUGCGAGAACGGCACGCUUAUUGACACGUACCAGCGUCACUCGACCAUAUGCGAAAUGACGUUCCGCACUGCCAUCCUCGCGAUACGCCUGAACAGGAAGCGGCUUGUCGUCGUGCUGGAGACGGAGCUCUAUAUUUAUGACAUUGGCAACUUGGAAUUGAUCAAGACUGAGCCUACGUCGCCGAACCCUAACGCCAUCUGCGCUCUCUCCCCGUCCUCGGAGAACAACUACAUAGCCUUCCCGACACCCUCACCUGCGCCGCCCGCUCCCUUCCACCCGCCCUCCCAUGCCCCACCCAAACCCGAACACACUGCGCCGGACAAGGGCGAGGUUCUGAUAUACGAUGCGACAAAGCUGGAACCCGUCAAUGUCAUACAAGCCCACAAUUCACCACUAUCCUGCAUCGCCAUGAACAGUGAGGGUACAUUGCUGGCAACGGCGUCUGAGAAAGGAACUAUAAUACGAGUCUUCUCGGUGCCUGGUGGAGAGAAACUCUACCAGUUCCGACGUGGCUCCAUACCUUCACGCAUUUACAGCAUGUCAUUCAACUCUGCUUCGACGCUGCUCUGCGUAUCCUCCGCUUCCGAAACCGUGCACAUAUUCAAGCUGGGUGUACCACACAAGAACAGGAGUAGCAGCACCUCUUCAGGGUCGGGAAGGCCGGCAUCGUCGCGAGGCCGCAGCAGCAGCCGGGCCAGCGAAGAUUCGUCGGAAAUUUACUCUAGGGACGAUGGUAGCACAGCUGAGGCCUCGGAGCCGGACCGCAAACCGUUGAAUCCCACUUUUGCCAGCAUGCUACGACGGACAUCCCAGACGGUGGGAAAGUCUGUCUUUGCGACUGUGGGCGGGUAUCUCCCGAGCGCCGUGUCCGAGAUGUGGGAGCCGUCGCGCGACUUCGCCUGGGUUAAGAUACCGCGCAACUCCAACAGCUCCUCCACCGGCCCUGUCAAGUCCGUGGUCGCCAUGCGGAACGAUGGGCCUCAAAUCAUGGUAGUCACGAGCGAUGGCACCUACUACAUCUUCAAUAUUGAUCUGGAGAAGGGCGGCGAGGGCACAUUGUUCAAGCGAUACAACAUUAUCGAGCCUAAUGAGCUCACGGGAGGCUCGCAAGAGCUUGCAGAUUAG